AAUUAAUAGCAACUGAUGGUAGAGUGGUAGGGUUAGGGUUCAAGCAUCAACCUACAUAAAGGGUUCCAACUCAGCAUAAUCUCUACGCAUCAGGCGGUGGCUGCGGAUCGUUGCUCAGGUAAAUCAGUUAGCUUCCACAGUUAGUACCGUACUUACAAUGGCAGAUGGUCAUGAAACAGAUAAGAACAUUGAGAUAUGGAAGAUCAAAAAGUUGAUCAAGGCACUGGAAGCUGCUCGAGGCAACGGGACAAGCAUGAUUUCUCUUAUCAUGCCUCCGCGGGAUCAAAUAUCAAGGGUUACUAAGAUGCUGGGAGAUGAGUUUGGCACAGCUUCAAACAUUAAAAGCAGGGUGAAUCGUCAAUCUGUUUUGGGAGCAAUCACAUCUGCACAGCAAAGAUUGAAGUUGUACAACAAGGUUCCUCCCAAUGGGCUUGUGCUGUACACUGGUACUAUUGUGACAGAAGAUGGAAAGGAGAAGAAGGUGACUAUUGACUUUGAGCCUUUUAGGCCUAUAAAUGCUUCCCUUUACCUAUGUGACAACAAAUUCCAUACAGAAGCAUUGAAUGAACUUUUGGAAUCUGAUGACAAGUUUGGUUUUAUUGUUAUGGAUGGAAAUGGUACCCUCUUUGGCACAUUAAGUGGCAAUACUCGUGAGGUGCUUCAUAAAUUUACUGUUGACCUCCCAAAGAAACAUGGAAGAGGCGGGCAAUCAGCACUACGGUUUGCUCGUCUUCGAAUGGAGAAGCGUCACAACUAUGUGAGGAAGACAGCAGAGCUUGCUACACAAUUUUUUAUCAAUCCUGCCACUAGCCAGCCCAAUGUUGCAGGAUUAAUACUGGCUGGCUCAGCUGACUUCAAGACUGAGCUGAGUCAGUCUGACAUGUUUGAUCCCCGUCUUCAGGCCAAAAUACUUAAUGUAGUGGAUGUUUCUUAUGGAGGGGAGAAUGGUUUCAAUCAGGCAAUCGAGUUGUCCUCAGAGAUCUUAUCCAAUGUGAAGUUCAUUCAGGAGAAGCGCUUGAUUGGUAAAUACUUUGAGGAGAUCAGUCAGGACACUGGAAAGUAUGUCUUUGGUGUGGAAGAUACACUGAAAGCUUUGGAGAUGGGUGCUGUUGAGAUACUGAUUGUGUGGGAGAAUCUGGACAUGAAUAGGUAUGUUCUUAAAAACAGCAGCACAGGUGAGAUUGUCAUAAAACACUUGAACAAGGAACAAGAGGCUGAUCAAAACACCUUCAGGGAUUCAGCUACCUCUGCUGAAUUGGAGGUUCAGGAAAAGAUGUCAUUGCUAGAGUGGUUUGCCAAUGAGUACAAGCGCUUUGGUUGUACACUUGAGUUUGUCACCAACAAAUCACAAGAGGGAUCCCAGUUCUGCAGGGGCUUUGGUGGGAUUGGUGGAAUCCUCCGUUACCAGCUAGACAUGCGAUCAUUUGAUGAGCUUUCUGAUGAUGGAGAAAACUACGAUGAUUCUGAAUAGCAAUCAAUCAACUGUUCCCCCGUGCUGGUGCAGAUGGGGUCAAAUGCCUGCACUGGUACGCGAGAUGGGGGGCCUCUUGCUGCUGCUGCUAUCUUGAUGUCCAAAAAACUUUCAUGGAGAUAUAAUCAAGGUUUUUACCUUUGAACUCUCUCUCUCUCUCUCUCUCUCUCUCUCUCUCUAAAGAUAGCAUUUCAUAGUAUAGGAAUACCCCUUUGAUUUGGGAUGUGUCUUGCACUUGUUGAUGCCUGAUGCAACCGGAGAUCCCAGCUUUUCUGCAUAUAUAUUAUAUAUAUAUGGCAUAAUGUUUUGAAAACUUCAUCAAGAGCUUCCAUGUCAACAGAUUUUAAGGCCUUCUAAGAUUUUUUGAUAGGUUUUACUCGUGUUGUUUGGUUUAACUUCUUGAAAUGGUAAAAAACCUGUUUAAUUUGUGAGUUUUUCGUUUGGUUGAUUUCUGAAAUUCACACAUUCUUUCAAGCAACUCUCACAAUUGAAGUUUAACCCCAAACCUGAAUACAUUCGGCUCUUAGUCAGGAAGCUUGGGUUAGAGAUGAGGAUUGGGUUGCUGUCUUGCUUGAUUUGAAUCCAGCUGGAGCAUUAUCCAAUCUGCAUGGGUUGCUGUCCAACAUUUGACCGGCCUUGCUCUCUUUACCAGCUUUAGGAACUUAGGAAGCUUAUAUUUUUCAUUCAAGGCUUAUCCACCUUACUCAUGAUUAUUCAUUCCAUGUGGAUUUUGUGAUGGAGCAGUUGGGAAUGCCUGGAUUUAAGAGCGCAAUGAAUGGCUUCUACUUUUUUGCUUGGAGGAGAUUGUGUGAAAGCUUACUUUUCCUUUGCUUCAGUGGAUGGCUUGGCUGGAACAAAAGAUGCUGAUACUUUGCAGCAGUUCUCUGGAAACCUUAUCGGUUGGUUUAUGGUGAACAUCUACUAUGGUUCUUCUCUCAGAAGAAGUUAUGCGCAUCCUUUAAGUAUUUUGUUUCAAGUUUAUGCAGGAUUUCCCUGCUGAAUAUGUUAUACUUAUGAGUGGCAUAACAUAGAUUGAUGGCCCACUUUAUUUGAUGGACUAUGGCUUGAUAUACCUUUGAAUGCCGGUAUUAUAAUGAAAUAGCAAAACUACUUUACCCUA